CCCUCGUUCUCUCGCGCCGCAGAGAUCACCAUUCCCACACCGCGAGAGCUUCUCCUCCGCCGUUCCGCAUCGAAGGCUUGUAGGAGAUGGCGUACGCUGCGAUGAAGCCCACGAAGCCGGGUCUGGAGGAAUCCCAAGAGCAGCUCCACCGUAUCAGGAUCACGCUUUCCUCCAAGAAUGUGAAGAACAUUGAGAAGGUGUGCGCGGAUCUUGUGAGGGGAGCCAAGGAGAAGAGGUUGAAGGUUAAGGGACCCGUGAGGAUUCCCACCAAGGUCCUUCACAUCACCACCAGAAAAUCUCCUUGUGGAGAAGGAACCAAUACUUGGGAUCGGUUUGAGCUUCGCGUCCACAAGAGGGUGAUCGAUCUUAUCAGCUCAGCAGAAGUGGUGAAACAAAUUACCUCGAUCACCAUUGAACCUGGUGUGGAGGUUGAAGUGACCAUCACAGACCCAUGAUUCAGUUUUUGGAGAAUUUUACUUGAAAAUGUAGAUUUUGUUUUGUGGACUAGCCAAACUUAUCUUAUCUGUUCUUUUUUUUUUUACCCUAGUUUGCUAUUGUGUUGUUUUUGGUACUCAUCUGAGCUGAAUUAUCAUUGAGGAUUCCAGUUUUAUUACAUUAUUUUGAUGGUCUUAAGUUUUAUUAAUUUUGUC